AUUUCCAUCGAGUGAGUCUGUCGUCUUCUUCCUCAAAAUCCUCCGUCAAGUCACUGAAGAAGGUUGCUCGCCAUGUUUGGACAAUGGAGGAGCGUUGCCAAGGAGGCAGUUGAUCGCGCCCUCAUUAUGGCCGAGUUCUGUUGCUUCCUUCAUGUCAUCCCCAACUACCUCUGCUCCUCUACUAUUGUGCACGGCCCCAGCAUGCUCCCCACCCUGAACCUCACCGGCGACGUGGUCAUCGCCGAACACGUGUCCCACCGCCUCGGGAAGAUUUCUCGCGGCGAUUUGGUGCUGGUUUGCUCCCCUCAGAACCCUAGAAAGAUCGUGACGAAGCGCGUCGUCGGAAUGGAAGGCGAUACGGUCUCUUUCUUCUUGGACCCCAACUUCGGCGACAGAUACCGAACUGCUGUGGUCCCUAAGGGGCAUGUUUGGAUUCAGGGUGACAAUGUAUAUGCGUCCAAUGAUUCCCGGUAUUUUGGGCCUGUACCUUACGGCCUUAUUCAGGGAAAAGUGUUUUUCAGGGUUUGGCCUCCUGAUAGCUUUGGACCCUUGGGUAAAGAUUGAAGGGAUCAUACACUUUCAGCCAAUUACGUGUAUUCUCUUUGCAUCCCCUCGACUUUGUUUUUGUUUCUAUCUUAGAGCAUUGACAUAAAAUGAUAAACAAUGGGUUUUGGUUUAUGAGGUCUUAUUUCAUUUCUCAUUACAAUCCGAUUUCCUAA